AUGAAGUCAUUAUACACUUUGUUGGCACUCACAGGCCUCGCGCAGGCCAAGAGACCUAACAUCUUGUUCAUUCUCACGGAUGACCAAGAUUUGCACAUGGAAAGUGUUGAUCAUAUGCAAUAUCUCAAAUCCGAUGUUGUAGCAAAAGGUACUACGUACAAUCAACACUACUGCACAGUUGCUCUGUGCUGUCCUUCACGUGCAACUCUCUGGACAGGCAAAGCUGUACACAACCAUAACGUCACAAAUGUCUCCCCACCACAUGGAGGAUACCCAAAGGUUGCUGAUGUUGGUAUCAACGAUGACUACCUGUUUCUAUGGAUGCAAGAUGCGGGGUAUAAUACUUACUACUCCGGCAAACUGUGGAACUUCCAUGGUGUGUCUAACUAUGAUCGGCCUUACGCCCGGGGAUUCAAUGCCUCAGACUUCUUGUUGGACCCAUAUACCUACCGAUAUUGGGAUAUGAAGAUGUCCCACAAUGGCGAGAAGCCCGCUCUUUCUCACAAAGACCCAUGGUUUCUGACUGUUGCGCCAAUUGCACCACACUCCAACUGGGUAUUUGAUCAGAAGAACAACAAGACAUACCUCUCAACCCCCCAGAGUGCUUAUCGCCACGAACAUCUAUUCCAUGAUUAUAAAAUUCCCCGAGGAAAAUCCUUCAACUCCCUUAUUGAAGGCGCUGCAGGCUGGCCAGGAAAACUCGACGCCCUCAAUGAGAGCAUUAUCCUGUACAACGACCAUUAUCAACGCCAACGUCUCCGUGCACUCCAGUCGGUCGAUGAAAUGCUGCAUGAGUUGGUCCUUAAGCUCGAGGCUGCUGGCGAGAUUGACAAUACUUAUAUCUUCUAUUCGACUGAUAACGGCUAUCAUAUCAGUCAGCACCGCAUGCACCCUGGUAAAGAAUGUGGAUAUGAUACAGAUAUCCACAUCCCCAUGUUCCUUCGUGGCCCAGGCAUCAAAGAGGGUGGUGAGAUCAAUGUCGUCACAACACACACAGAUAUUGCAUCUACUAUUAUGAAGAUUGCCGGGGUUGACAAGCAAACCGAUGGUGAACUUAUGCCUCUUUCAGAGUCUGGGCAGAAAAAUGGUAGAAUUGAGCAUGCUGCUAUUGAGUACUGGGGUCAUGGAGUACCUGAGGGUCAUUAUGGAUUCUCGAGUGAUGAAGAGGAUUCCAUUAGAAGUAUAGGACGGUUCCAGGAUAUUUAA